AUGGAUUACCGAUCUUUGCUACAGUUGGCCAUGAUGGUUAUCAAUGGCUGUAGUUUGAUUGCAUUUCUAACGUUGGUAAAACAAAGUGAUGGAGCAUCUAAGUCCUCUUUGUUCAAAUUGUACAAAGACCGUUAUCUUGCAAAUCAUGUGAUCAAAAGCAUUCGUGCAAUGUCACAAGUCGAAUGCUCGAUGAUGUGCUCCAGUGAAGAGGAAUGUGAAUCUUGGAAUAUGUAUGAGGCUGUGCCUGGUCGUAAUUGUGAACUGAAUAAUGCCACUGUGGAAACCGAAUCUGCAAAUGAUGUACUGCAGAAAAGAAACGGAGCUACAUUCGGUCAUCGGAUCCCACUUCCUAGAACGAAAAAUAAAAAG